AUGCGCAUACCACAGACGUACUACCAGAAGAUCAAGGCAGGACUCCAUUUCGCCCAAGGUUUCCUCAUCUUCAUAGCCGGCUGUCUGGCGCUUGCAGUACUUACACAGGAAGGAGAACAUGGUGGACAGGUUGGCUACUACUUUGCUCAGUUGCAGUGCUUCCUUACCCUCCCCGGCCUGAUCUACCAGAUCAUGGUUCCAAUGUGGACUCGUGCCUGGCGCUUUGCGAACGUAUACGCCUACGCUGCAAUCGAUCUCCUAUAUACUCUUCUCUGGUUCGCAGCAUUCGUCGCAGUGGCAGUAUGGCAGAGCGAGGGGUUGAAGGAGGGAUCAAAGAACAAGGACGGCGACAAGGACGGGAAAGGCAGCUGCGAGCAGUUCGGAUACGGCAGUGCAACGAAAUGCCAGGUCACAAAGGCAGCCGUCGGAUUCGGAGUUGUCAUAUGGCUUCUCUUCAUUGCGACGAGUGUGAUUAGCAUCCAAGGCGUUCUACAGUUCAGGAGGACAGGCAUUAUGCCCAACGGGAACUCGACAAAGCAUGGACAAGCUGAGCGAUUCGAAGAUCCUAGCAAAGAUGUAUGGUCGACGAACACGGACGAGCUGGACGACAGCCAUCCUUCCCAUCGCCCGUCAGUCUCGCCAGGAGACGACGACGCUCGCCGUGCGUAUAGCCAACUUUCUACUGCGGACGAGGACGAGCAAGGCUUGCUCCAGCGACCUUCCAUACAGGCAGACGACCCGUUCGCAGAUACGCAUAGUAUGACCGAGCAUGGCAUGCACCCCGGCCGAGCGUUCAGCUAUCAGUCAGGCAGCAACCUUAGCAUCACCGCGCCGCCUUCAUACCACGAGCAGACGGCUGGAGCUGUAGGCAUUCCCAGUCCAAGCGGAUAUGUGGCACCCAGCGCACUAUCACCGAGUGACUACGAGCAGACGCCGGGUGGAAGAGUCAACUUUCCGCAGGCGAACUACGGUGCGAACUUCAGGUGA